AUGACAAAAAACCAAAGACCUAUACCAAAAGGUAGGAGGUCAUCUUCAUAUGAUCGAAGAAUGAUUCGUUCAAGGACUAACUCAGUCACCUCGAUGGAUUCAUCUGUUAGCCAUUUAUUGGAAGAUAAUAAUAAUGAAAUGUUUUCAGGUGCAGCAUCUGAGGUUAUUCCGUCAUCAAUUACAUCAUUACAUUAUCCUCAUAAUUUUGGAAAUAGAAGAGGCUCGCGUAUAUCAAGAGAAACUUCACCUUUACUUUCAGCAGAUGAAGAUCUUGUUGAUUUGAGAUCAGUUAAAUCAAAUGCUUCAAGAAGUUCAAAUGAUACCCAAGCACACUUUAAAUUUUUCUCACCUGAUGAAAUUGAGAUGGCUCAAGGUGGAUCUACUUUGGAGAAUCCCGAUGACCCUGUUGAUUAUAAUACUCCUUGGGACUAUUCAAUAGAUAAAUAUGAGGAACCAGAAGAGGCGUUGAUUGAUGAUGAAUUGGGAUAUCAACGUUCUACAGAAUCUCCUGAGUAUGGAUCAACUGAUUAUGAACCAAGAGCAAGAAGAGAAUCAGACGAAAGCAGUAAUAAAAGCAUUGAAGACGAAGAUCGUGAAGAUGCAAGUAAAAUCGAUGAAGAUUUUCAAAGACAAUUUCCCACGAAAAAUUACUAUCAAAGGUAUUACUUAGCAGAAGAGGAUUUGGUCAUUGGUAUAGCAGGUUACCGCGAUAAUUGGUUCAAAAAGAUACUUUACUAUGUUCUUUGUGUUUCAACUUUGGGAUUGGCUUUUAUUGUAUUGAGAUGGUUUCCUAAAUAUAGGAUCAAUAUAAUGGGUACAAAAUGUGCCUUGGGAGUUGCAGAUUGGUGUGUUAUAGAAAAUGAAUUUGGUGAACUACAAAUUCAAGAGAUAACAAGUAAGAGAUUUGAUGAAAAAUUGUCUGAUUUUUUAAUCAAUUCAGAAUCAGAAUCAGAUGUUGAAAAGGACCCAGUAGUUCCAAAUAUCCAUUUUUUUAUUUACAGAUAUAUUAAAUUUUUUUAUGAUCCAGUUGAAGAUAUCUUUAGAACUAAUUCAAAUUGGUAUGAUUCAAGGUGGUUGAAUAUCAAGAAUAUUAAAGAUGGAAUCUCUCAAGGUACAUAUGAAGAAAGAAUUAAAAUUUUUCAAGAGAAUUCAAUUGAAAUUAAAGAAAAAUCCAUCGCUCAAUUAUUGGCUGAUGAAAUCUUACAUCCAUUUUAUAUAUUUCAAGUCUUUUCCAUAUUUUUGUGGCUUGCUGAUGAUUAUUAUUAUUAUGCAUCUUGUAUUUUCAUCAUAUCGAUGGUUUCUAUCAUAAAUUCUUUAGUUGAAACCAAAGCCACUAUAAGAAGAUUGCAACAAAUUUCAAAAUUUGAAUGUGAAGUAAGAGUAUGGAGAAAUGAAUUUUGGAAACAAAUAGAUUCAACUGAUUUAGUCCCAGGAGACAUUUUUGAAAUUGAUCCAUCUUUAGCAACAAUUCCUUGUGAUUCCCUUCUAGUUAAUGGUGAAUGUGUUAUCAAUGAAUCAAUGUUGACAGGUGAAAGUGUACCCGUCUCCAAAAUUCAAGCUACUAAGGAUGUUCUUAAAUUAUUGCCUGAAAAUUUCAUAGAUCCAAAAUUAUCAAAAUCUUAUUUAUUCAAUGGUACUAAAUUAUUAAAAAUGAAAUCAGGAAAUGAUGAGCCUGUCACUGCCAUGGUUUUGAAAACUGGGUUCAAUACUACAAAAGGUUCCUUAGUAAGGUCUAUGCUUUUCCCAAAGCCCACAGGUUUCAAGUUCUACGAAGAUUCUUUUAAAUAUAUUGCUUUCAUGACUGGAAUAGCUUUCAUAGGUUUCAUGUAUUCAACAUAUAACUUUAUCAAAAUAGGGUUAAGUAAAAAAGUCAUGAUUUUAAGAGCGUUGGAUAUUAUCACAAUUGUGGUACCUCCAGCGUUACCUGCUACUUUGACAAUAGGUACGACUUUUGCCAUUGCAAGAUUGAAGAAACAUCAAUUAUUUUGUAUUGCUCCGACUAGAGUAAACAUUGCUGGUAAGAUUGAUGUUAUGUGUUUCGAUAAAACUGGAACCUUAACUGAAGAUGGUUUAGAUGUUUUGGGUAUACAUUUAGCUAAUAAUGCUAGCGGUAGAAAAGAGAUUGUGUUUGAAGAAUUAAUCACAAAUAUUAAAAAUUUGAAAACUAUCAGAAGCUCAGAUCAUGAAACAAAUAAUGGGAAAUUUUUGUUGGGUUGUAUGGCGGCCUGUCAUUCUUUAAGAAAUAUUGAUGAAGAGUUAAUGGGUGAUCCAUUAGAUGUUAAAAUGUUUGAAUUCACAAAAUGGGAAUAUAAUGAAGAUUUAAAUACAGGUAUACCAAUUGUUUCAAAUCAAAAUGAAAAAUAUAAAAUUGAAAAAGAAUACGAAUUUUCUGCACCAUUGAGAAGAAUGUCUGUGUUUGUUAAACACAAUAAUAAAGGUUUUAUAUUUACAAAAGGAGCACCUGAAAUAAUGAUGGAUAUAUGUAUACCGGAGUCCAUCCCAUCCAAUUUUGAAGAAUUGUUGCAUCAUUAUACUACAUCAGGAUUUAGAGUUAUUGCUUGUGCAUACAAACAAACAGCGGACAAUAGCUUAGAAAGACAAGAAGCAGAAAGUGAAUUAACUUUUACUGGGUUUAUUGUUUUUGAGAACAAAUUGAAAGACUCAACUGCUGCUACUUUGGAAGUCCUUAGUUCUGCCAAAAUUCGGACUGUGAUGUGUACAGGUGAUAACAUCUUAACAGCAAUCAGUGUAGCAAAGGAAUCAAAACUUUUAACUUCAGAUAUUAAGAAUGUUUAUAUUCCAUCUUUAGAGUAUAAGGAAGAUGAUCAAAGGCAAUUAACUUGGCAAGAUGUAAAUGAUCCCGAGAAUAAAUUAGAUCCUGAUACAAUUAAACCUUUAGAUAUACGACAAAGUUCAAAUUAUAAACUAGCAAUAACAGGUGAUAUAUUUAGAUUUUUAUUAACAGAAUUAAAAGAUGCAAAUAUCAUUCAAUCCGUAUUAAUGCAAUGUGAUAUAUUUGCAAGAAUGUCUCCUGAUGAAAAACAUGAAUUGGUAGAACAAUUUCAAAAGAUUGAUUAUACUGUCGGAUUUUGUGGAGAUGGUGCAAAUGAUUGUGGGGCAUUAAAGGCUGCUGAUGUAGGAAUCUCAUUGUCAGAGGCUGAAGCUUCAGUUGCUGCCCCUUUCACAUCGAGAAUCUUUGAAAUUUCAUGUGUUCCAACCAUUAUUAAAGAAGGUAGAUCUAGUUUAGUUACUAGUUUCUCAUGCUUCAAGUAUAUGUCCUUAUAUUCUGCAAUCCAGUUUAUAUCAGUUACAAUUUUAUACAAGACAGGUACAAAUUUAGGUGAUUUUCAAUUUUUAUAUAUUGAUUUAUUUUUAAUAUUACCAUUGGCAAUUUUCAUGUCUUGGUCAAAACCUUAUGAUAAAUUAGUCAUUAAAAGACCUACUGCAAAUUUAGUAUCACCAAAAGUAUUGAUUCCUUUAGUUUGCAGUAUAUUAGUGUUGUUAAUUUUUCAAGUCAUAAUUUGGUCUUGGGUCAAAAAGGAACCUUGGUAUAUAAAACCCAUACCUGGUAGUGAUGAUGCAGUCAAAUCUUCAGAUAAUACAGUUUUGUUUUUAUUUUCAAACUUUCAAUAUAUUUUAAUAGCUGUGGUUUUAAAUCAAGGUCCACCAUUUCGUGAACCAAUUGAAAAAAAUUUACCAUUUUUAAUUAAUUUAGUUGUUGCCACUUUAUUGUCCAUAUCAUUAUUCGCAAUAAACGGUGAUUCGAGUAUGGGGGAUCUUUUGCAAUUGACAAACUUAAGCAGAGCAUUUUAUUGGUACAUCUUAUUAUUUUCAGUUGUCAAUUUGGUGGUUUUAAUUUUUGGUGAUAAAAACUGGUUCAUUAAAUUAGCUACAGUUUAUAAAAAAAUAUUUCAACGUCAUAAAAUUGGCAAGAGUAAAAAAUUAUUCAAAAAUUUGAGAAAGGAAUUUUCAAAAAUUCAAAGUGUAUAA